GCAGCAUUGCCGGCAUAAAAUAACAACUAUACUCACAUUUGUUAUUAUUGCUGCCAAAAGGUUCUGUAAACUGCAUUUAUUUUGAAAUCAUCUAUUGAAAAUGUCCCGCAAAGAGGCCCUGUCGCAGUUCAUCAAUCAGAUUCACGGUCGCCCCGUCGCCGUAAAGCUGAACAACGGCGUUGACUACCGAGGUGUGCUGGCCUGUCUGGAUGGCUACAUGAAUAUCUGCCUGGAGCAGACGGAGGAGUACGUGAACGGGCAGCUGAAGAAUAAAUACGGCGACGCUUUCAUCCGCGGCAACAAUGUCCUCUACAUUUCCACGCAGAAGCGGAGGGUCUGAAUACAGCACGGUCCAUAAAAAUAUAGUCAACUGGCAUGACACCAUGAAGUUCGUAGUUAGAGAGCUCUUUGAUUUCUCUGUUUCCUCCAGAGGGAACCUGCGACACCACAAGUGUUUCAUACUUCAAUAUUAAAGCUGAACCAACUUCUCAUCAUCCUGUAUACAAACCAAAAU